AAGCCCGUUUGUUGUUCGCACAUCUCAGGGGGUUGGGGGGGUGGAUCGAGCCAGAUUUCUUAUCAAACCAGCGGACUGUUUUUGGUCAACGCCGGCAGCGCACAAACAGUUGCCGUUCCGCCAGCACAAAGUGCAGUACUCAGUCCGCAGAACUUAACCAUUAAAACAUAAUGUCGACGAUCGGAAAGAUCGGAUUCCUGGGCGGUGGCAACAUGGCUAAAGCCUUGGCCAAGGGAUUCCUGGCAGCAGGCCUGGCCAAGCCCAACACCCUGAUAGCUAGUGUGCAUCCGGCGGAUAAGCUCUCCCUGCAGUCCUUUGAAGCAUUGGGAGUGGAAACAGUGGUUAAGAAUGCACCGGUUGUGCAACAAUCUGACGUGGUGUUUGUGUCCGUGAAACCUCAAGUGGUCCCCUCUCUUUUAUCAGAGAUUCAGCCACUCAGCUCCGGGAAACUAUUCCUCUCCGUGGCCAUGGGCAUCACCCUGUCCACCAUCGAAUCCAGUCUUUCCCAGCAAGCUCGUGUGAUCCGCGUCAUGCCAAAUCUGCCGGCAGUGGUUUGUUCAGGCUGUUCGGUUUUUGUUCGCGGGUCCAAAGCCACCGAUGCAGAUGCAGAAGUCACUCAGAGACUCCUGCAAUCCGUGGGCACCUGUGAGGCGGUAGAUGAAUCCCAGCUGGAUGUAGUUACUGCUUUAAGUGGCAGUGGACCGGCCUAUGUGUUCGUGAUGAUUGAGGCUUUGGCGGAUGGAGCCGUGCACAUGGGAAUGCCCAGGGAUCUGGCCUACCGUUUGGCAUCACAAACAGUCCUGGGUGCUGGACACAUGGUCCGGGACAGUGGCCUGCAUCCCGGUCAGCUCAAAGACGGGGUCACCAGUCCAGCUGGUUCGACUGCAGCCGCCCUCAGGCAACUAGAGCUUUCAGGUUUUCGGGCGGCAGUGUCUGGAGCGGUGGAGCAGGCAACGUUGCGCUGCCGGCAAAUCUCGGGAAAGAAGGUGUAGACACAUAGGAUUCUAUAUGUACAGUAGGGUGGGUCAAUUUGUUUAAUGAAAUAAUCAUAGCUAAUAACAAAGAUCUUUAAAAAUGUAAAUAAAAUGAAAACUUGGCAACAUUUA